AUGUCUGAACCAUCCAUCAAGCUAAGGACCGCCAAGGAUACCCUUGUGUCGUCGCUGUUUGAACUGUCGAAAUCAGCCAACCAAAGUGCGUCGUGUAUCAUUGACUUCUACAAUGCGAUUGGCGACGAUGAGGAAGAGAAGCUAGAAGCCUUUACGACCUUGACCGAAGCAUUGCAAAAGCUCACGUCCGCUACGAAUCAGAUUCACGUUGUAAGCUCUGAAUUGACCAACCCAUUGGAAGACGACAAAGAUGUCAUUCCUGCGAUCGUGUCGCCAGUCAAAGCUACGCCUGCUAGAAAAAAGCAGGAGCGUGACCCUAAUGCUCCCAAGAAACCUCUAACUGUUUUCUUUGCUUACUCUGCGUACGUGCGCCAAGCUUUGCGCGAAGACAGACAAAAGGCUGGAUUACCACCACUGUCCUCCACUGAGAUCACUCAGGAGAUUUCCAAGAAGUGGAAGGAGUUGAGCGAUAUUGAGAAAUUUAAGUGGAAGCAGGCUUAUACUGCAGAGCUCGAAAACUACCAGCAGGAAAAGCUCAAAUACCUGGAGGCCAAGAAGAACGGUACCGCUCCAAUUUUGGGUAUGCCAAGCUCUGCUCCAAUUCCCCUCCCAGACUACUUACAAGUUGGUCUAGAGGAAGAAUUUGAGCCACCUAAGGAAAAAAGACCACAUGAAGAUGAUGGUAACACUGGCAGCUCUGAAAAGAAGAAGAAGAAGAAGAAGAAGGACAAGAAGAAGGACAAGCACAGCAGUUCCACUUAA